GUUCUGUGGUAUCAAAACAAGCGGUUAUGAGUAGCAGCGGGCAGUCCGCUCGAGUGGUCAAGACGCGUCGGUCUUGCACUCUUGUUAUCGCUGGCGCCGGGUGCCACAACAUCGCGGUAGCAUUGUUAAGUAUCGCGAAACAAAAUGUUUAAAUUGUCGCCGGCUUUUUUGAAACAGCUAUGGCUUACAUUCGGCGCAUCCCUGGCCUUCCUCAUUAUCGGGCUGGUGAGAGGGUACUCCGCCUCGGCGAUACCCUCGAUAGAAGCCUUGGACUCUGAAAUCAUACAGAGCAGUGAACAGAAAUCAUGGAUUGGGGCUAUCCCACCUCUGGGUGCGUUCGUGGGCAGUACAUUCUCUGGAGCGCUGAUGCAGCGGGCAGGCAGGCGCCGCAGUCUGCAGCUAGCAGCGCCACUCUGGGCAGCCGGCUGGCUUAUACUUGGGUUCGCCAAGUACUUUCCCCUGAUACUCGUGGGGCGCCUUAUAACUGGCCUGUGCGUCGGAUUCGCCCUGGCCCCGGCGCAAGUAUACGUGAGUGAAUGCUGCGAUCCUGAAAUCCGGGGCAGGUUGGGAUCGUUGCCCACUCUCUCCAUGUCCUUUGGGAUCUUGCUCUCCUAUGUCGCUGGCAACUGGCUCUACUGGCGGUACCUCGCCUUCUUCUCGGCUAUCUUUUGUGCCGUCCUAUUCUUCGUUCUGCUACCGCUACCAGAGUCGCCAGUAUGGCUGGAGAGUCGCGGGGCUGACGCAUCGUCUGCUGUCAAGUGGCUGCACCUCUCUGCGCGUGCCACCGCCAUCGUCAAGGACGCUCCAGAAAAGUCAGAGGAUCCGAGCACUCCGCCCAGUCUGUUCACGCGCAAGGUGUUCUUCUCGUCGGCGGUGAUGAAGCCGCUGGUGGUGGGCUUCGCGCUGCUGUUCUUCCAGCAGUUCAGCGGCAUCGACGCCGUCAUAUUCUUCACCGUUGAGAUAUUUGAAAGCGCAGGCAGCAAACUGGACGCAAUGACAGCGACAAUACUAGUGGGGCUGGUGCAGCUGGUCAUGAACGGCGUCAGCACCAUGCUGGUGGACCGCGCCGGGCGCCGGCCGCUGCUGCUCGUGUCCGCCGCCAUCAUGUGCGUUUCCAUGGCCUCCAUGGGCGCCGCCUUCUACUUCGAGUUCGAGAAGGAGCAGUGGCUUGGAUACUUACCCAUUAUAAGCCUGGUGGUGUUCAUGGUGGGCUUCUCGCUCGGCUUCGGCGGGCUGCCUUUCCUGCUGCUGGGCGAGCUGUUCCCCACGCACUACCGCUCGCAGCUGUCCGCGAUGGCCAGCGCUGUCAACCUGCUCUCUAUGUUCACUGUCAUCAAGUCCUACCACGCGCUUGAAGCGGUGCUUACUUCAGCGGGCACCUUCUGGAUGUACUCGUGCUUCUGUGCGUUGGCGUUCUUCUUCGUGCUCUUCGUGGUCCCAGAGACCAAGGGCAAGUCGCUCGCGGAGAUCGAACAACAUUUCCGCGGCGACAAAAACAAGGAAGCAAUCAAUUUGCCCACGGUAUCGGCUAACUGCUAGGGCUGUGCAAUUAAAAGGACAAUGCAAAUAUUGUGACAGUAAAUUAUAGAGACUCUUUUGUGUAGAACAAGAGUUGUGAAAAAGUAGACGGCUAUUAGACGUGUUUAGAAUUACAUGGCGCUGUUGAUAGAUAUUGUAUAGAUGACCCACGCUGAACUGUCCCACCAAACUCAAUGACAGGGGGGCGCUACCAUCGUUCAACUAUAUGGUUUCCGACAUGACAAAAAUCUGAACCAGCGAUCCGGUAUUGACGGUGGCGCCCCACUGUCAAUGUCAUCGACAGGACAGUCCAGUAUUUUGGAACUAUAACUGUUAUCACCACCUCCUUUUUGAGUCGCUGUAGUCGGGUAAAAGUAUUUGUACUCGUAGUAGGUAAUGAAAGUAUGUAGCUGGAAUAAUUUAAUUCGAGUUAGAUACAAUUUUCUUCUUUUUUCUUCUGCCUCGCCUUAUUCCGUUGCGCGGGUUGGCUUUUCCAAUCAUACGCCGCCAUUUGAUUCUAUCUUGAACGUCUUGUUCGUGGAGUCCCAAUACUUCCAUGUCCUUUUUGACGUUCGUCAUCCAGGUGGUUUGACGUCUUCCUCUUCCCCUCUUUUUUUGUAGUACAAAUUUGAAAGUAAAAAAAGCAAAAUAUUAUGGAAACAUUAUACGAUAUUGGUGCAUGAAGUAGGUUACCUAUAACAAUUUAAUGACUGGGGUAAUACCAUAAUCGCUAGCUGCGUUAACUGUUAAGCGCAAAUUAGGUACGAUCAUUAUGUCAGAUUAUGUCUUGCAUCUGAGAAGUGAUUUUAGUAUGUCCCGACCGGUCGGGGGUGAAGACCCCCCGAAGGUUUUAAAAGAUCACAUUAAAAAAUUUGUAGCUACCUAUACUGUUUGCAAAAAUUAACAAUAUGCUUUUAUAAAAAAUCUUAUAGAGAAGCGUUUAAAGAAAUUAUUAAAAUAAUUAUUUAAAUAAAUAUUUUUCCAUUUGUAGAAUCGCGCCGUGAAAUAGGUUGAC